GCGAGACUUAGUCGGGGUGGUGGAACCCUUGCCCCAUGAUGAAACAUACUGUGACCCUGCAUCUCUGUUCCAUGUUGCUAAUGAUUACUCAUUCAUCAGAUACUAUACAAGGACCAUUUAUCAAUUCCAGUUUCAAGAAGCCCUUUGUCAAAUAGCUAAACAUGAAGGUCCCCUACACAAAUGUGAUAUCUCCAAUUCCAGUGAAGCCGGACAGACGCUGCUGUAA